CCUGGCCACUCCAGCGCUGAGUCCUUCUCAGAACCCACAGAGUUUGAGUACCUGAGGAAGGUCCUAUUUGAGUACAUGAUGGGGCGGGAAACUAAGGUAAUUUAAUCAAUAAAUCAAUAAUCAAUAUGCACCUUUUAACAUUCAUUCUUAAAAGUCUAAGCCAUUGGUGGUGGUGGUGGGGGGGCGGGGGUCUAAGCUGACAUAUGGAAUUGUUUUAAGAUUGUUAUACUAUGGAUCAUUUAGCUAUUUGAUUUUGAAUUUUAGGACCCCUUUAGGUUUCAAAAACAUUUAUAAAAAAGUUAUUUGAUAAAAUAUAGAUUUUGGCCUUUACUACUAUAGCUCAGAGAAACUCACCGAACAAAUAAAAUCAAAUGUUAUUUGUCACAUGUGCCCAAUACAACAGGUGUAGACCUUACAGUGAAAUGCUGACUGACAAGCCCUUAACCAACAAUGUGGUUUUAAGAAAAAUACGUGUUAAGUAAAAAAUUGAUGAGUAAAACAUUUAAAUAAUUAAAGAGCAGCAGUCAAAUAAAAUAACAGUAGGGAGGCUAUAUACAGGGGGUACCGGUACAGAGUCAAUGUACGGGGGCACAGGUUAGUCGAGGUAAUUGAGGUAAUAUGUACAUGUUGGUAGAGUUAAAGUGACAAUGCAUAUAUAAUAAACAGAGAGUAGCAGCAGCGUAGUGGAGGAGGGGGUGAACAAUGCAAAUAGACUGGGUAGCCAUGAUUAGCUGUUCAGGAGUCUUAUGGCUUGGGGGUAGAAGCUGUUAAGAAGCCUUUUGGAUCUAGACUUGGCGCUCCGGUACCGCUUGCCGUGCGGUAGCGGAGAGAACAGUCUACGACUAUGGUGGCUGGAGUCUUUGACAAUUUUUAGGGCCUUCCUCUGACACCACCUGGUAUAGAGGUCCUGGAUGGCAGGACGCUUGGCCCCAGUGAUGUACUGGGCCGUACACACUACCCUCUGAAGUGCCUUGCGGUCGGAGGCCAAGCAGUUGCCAUACCAGCCGGUGAUGCAAUCAGUCAGGAUGCUGUUGAUGAUGCAGCUGUAUACGUUUUUGAGGAUCUGAGGACCCAUGCCAAAUCUUUUCAGUCUCCUGAGGGGGAAUAGGUUUUGUCGUGCCCUCUUCACAACUUUCAUGGUGUGUUUGGACCAUGAUAGUUUGUUGGUGAUGUGGGCACCAAGGAACUUGAAGCUCUCAACCUGCUCCACUACAGCCCCGUCGAUGAGAAUGGGGGUGUGCUCGGUCCUCCUUUUCCUGUAGUCCACAAUCGUCUCAGACCUCCUCCCUAUAGGCUGUCUCAUCGUUGUCGGUGAUCAGGCCUACCACUGUUUGUGUCGUCAGCAAACUUCAUGAUGGUAUUGGAGUCGUGCCUGGCCAUGCAGUCAUGGGUGAACAGGGAGUACAGGAGGGGACUGAGCACGCACCCCUGAGGGGCCCCUGUGUUGAGGAUCAGCGUGGCAGAUGUGUUGUUACCUACCCUUACCACCUGGGAUGCAUCCAAUGCCAACAGACAUCUCUAGCUUAAACGGACAGAUUUUGACCGAUUAUUUUUAUUAUGUUACUUAGAUUUUACACACCGGUGUAUCAAUCGACUCUUGGGGGUUAAAGUAACCUUUUCUGAUAAGGGAACAUUGACAGUGCACAUAUGAGCUCAUAAUUCCAGUUUCUUGAAAUAUAACUACCGGUAUCACACUUCCCUCUUAUUCAGCUCAGGAUAAGUUGCCUCUUCCCUCUUAUUCAGCUCAGGAUAAGUUGCCUCUUCCCUCUUAUUCAGCUCAGGAUACGUUGACAUGUGUUCAGUUGCUUUCCCUCAAUGAAAAGGUGAGAGGAGGAGAAGAAGAUGGUAGAAAACGGAGGGAAAGGAGGCCGGAUGGAGAGAGGCCAAUAAACGUCUCCAUUCCCACACAGAGCCAUCACCCAGUUAGAGACCCAUACAAAAGUCAUUGUGUGUUUCUGUGUUUGUUUAGCACAGGGCCUAAUGAAUGAUGCUGUAUGGGAGUUAACAGUGCUAGUUGACACGGUCCUAAAGUCAGUGGGGUAUCACACGCACAUAUAAAGCUAGCGGGGUUCCCCCCUAGGUCCUCAGUAAGCCGUUAAGCUUUAUGAUGUCAUAUCCAUAUCAUUAUGGCCUCCCUGUGAAUGGAAGGAUGUCCUGAAGGAGGCCCGGCCAUGACACAUAUAUACACACACACGACACAUGCUGCCAUUUUAAAGACUUACUGUUUAGCUCCUCUAGCACAAGAAGAGGUCUUUGGGUGGUUGUUGCCCUGGUUUCCUCAGACAGCAGCACUGUUUCUGAUUAGGCCCAGUAUUUAUGGGAUAGCUAACGCAUGCUGCUAACUCUGCGCAUAUAGACCUGGAGUUGAUUAGGAGGAAGAUAACAGGGGUUAAUUGCUCUGUGAGCAGGCUGAUUUGAUUGGGUAGUUGAUGGUGAGGGCAGGGGGGUCACAGAGCCUAAUGGGCUGCAGUGAGGGAUCUGAGGUGGUGAAUGGCUGGAUAUGGGUUUACUGAACUGAUGGAAUAUGAUAGUGAUGAGGGCAGAGGGUCACAGAGUUAGAGACUCCAUGUUGGAUCAGUAUGGGGUGUAGUGGGCAAUCUGAGCUGGGUGAUUGGCUGGACACGUUUCACUAAGCAGCCAUCUAGGAUCUGAGCGGGGUGAUUGGCUGGACAGCGUUUCACUGAGCAGCCAUCUAGGAUCUGAGCGGGGUAAAUGGCUGGGUUAACUGAGUGUCAAUGUUGGAUCGUCAUGGGUUGCAGUUGUGGAUCUGAGGUCAGUGAAUGGCUAGACAGUGGUUCACUGAGCAUCCAUGUUGGAUCUGGGCUGGGAGAAUGGCUGGACAGACAGGGAGAUUUAGUACUAGGUUCACUGCCAUGAUCCAAACCCGACACUGAAAAACAUUGGAACCAUGUGGAGGGAUACCCAUGCCAUUGAGAGCACUGCCUCCAAAAUCUCAGCUGUGAAACUGUCAUCAGAUUUCACGAACAUCUACAGCCCCACCUUAAAGUUUAAAUUUAAGGAGUUUUCACUGAAGGACGAGGUAGAAACAGCGUAUUUAAAUGUAUCCUACUUUUCUUUGUCAGAUGGCUAAGUCAUUUCUGUGUUUUGUCUUCCCUCCCACAGACGAUGGCUAAAGUCAUAACCUCCAUGCUCAAGUUCCCACCAGACCAAGCUCAGCAGGUUCUGGAGAAAGAGGAUACAAAAGAAAUUGUAAGCAUCUGUUCUUCCUCAUCGUAA